AUGGCCGAUUUUAAUGCGCCCACAAGUCCUCCGCCUCCAAAAGUACCCGAAGGUUGGGUGGUACGCUGGAACGAGCAAUACAAGGAAUGGUUCUACGUCAACACCUACACAAAAAAGUCCCAAUGGGAGAAGCCCACUGAACCAGCCCGGCCGCCAGGUGACGAACUAAGCAGUGCGCCGGCCGGUCCUCCGCCCUCUUACACCCCUGGCGAGAACAAGCAGCCCUUCCCCAGCGACCACAAACCCAACCCGUACGAGGACAGCCAUCACCCUACUGCCCAAACAAGCAGCGCCGCGACAACCUCUUUCCACCCCACCAACACCGAAGAAGACGCCCGCCUGGCGCGACAGCUCCAAGCCGAAGAGGACGCCCGCGCCGCCCACGCCUACGGCGGCGUGAGCCCCAACCCGUCAUCGAAUCUCAACAACCCUUGGCAGCAAUCGGGAGCGUACAAUCCCUCCCCGUCUCCGGCCCAGGCACAGUCACCCUACCCGGCCCAGCUGCCCCCGCGAAAUAACGACCCUCUCGAAAAGGGCAAGGGCCUGUUGGGGAAGCUGUUUGGGAGUAAGAAAACCGCUGGAGGCGGCCACGGGGCAAGUGGUGGUAGUGGUGGCUUGCCCGGCGCGCUGGGCGGGUUGAUCGGUGGUAGGCAUGGUCAGCACGGACACCAACAGCAGUAUUACGGAGGAGGAGGUGGAUAUCCCGGGGGAGGGUACGGUGGUGGUUACCCGCCUUCGCACCAGCAGGCUAUGUACGGGGGGUACCCGCCUCAGGGAGGGUAUGGGUACGGUCAGGGCAUGGGGGGCAUGGGGGGCAUGGGCGGGUUUGGCGGGAGGCAUGGUGGUGGUAGCAGUGGGAGGCCGGGAAUGGGCAUGGCGUUGGGAGCGGGCGCUUUGGGGGCGGGAGCUGGUCUGGUCGGUGGCAUGAUGGUUGCCGAUGCUAUUGAUGAUAGCCAGGAUGCGGCUUAUGCCCAGGGAUAUGCAGAGGACGGGAAUGAUGGCGGCGAUUUUGGAGGUGGUGGUGAUUUUGGAGGUGGUGAUUUUGGAGGAGGUGACUUCUGA